AUGAAGGAUCUAUUGGGGACGCAGCACGAUGGGACAUUCCAAAUGGUCAAGAAGAUACUGGAGGAGCUAGCAACUGGAUAUUGGAAUCGCCGUAGUUUGACAAGGCCGCAAUUACUCGGGGGAACAAGCGCUGGUUCUGGUACUGUAACUUAUGUUCCCCCUAGCGACCAUGGGGCAAGGAAGGAAGGCGAAAAGAACGAAGAUACAGAGCCCGAAUGGAUCUUGGAAGAAUGGAAAGGUAAUGGCGGUGAGCGUGCAGUUUUGAAAUUAUAUAAAGCUGUCUACGGUAAGAACUAUAGAGUUCUGUGGGGCGUCGAGGGCGCCUGGGACGAGCUGGAGGGCGGCUGGCUACAGAUAAUCAAGAUAUGGAGGAUAGGCGAUCAUAAAGAGAUUUUGGAGAGUAUUCCCACCGUUCUCAAGGCGCAUAAAGGAUACAGCAAUAACUACAUUCGAGGAUGUAAGUUGAGGCAACAAGAGACGGGAAAGGGGAAAACUUUACGUCACUUACCCGCAAGGUUCGUGCUGAGCGAGGAUACCCUAAAACGGGAGCAAUUUGGAGCUACAGUAACCGACUCGGGCGCGAAUAAACUAUCAAGGGAGGAAGCUCUGAGUUUACACGAAGCUCUUACUACCGGUAAGUUUUAUACACUAAACGAGCAAAUGUUUGAGAGUAUUCGGGCAUCUAAAAAAUGCGGAGCGCUGCCGGAAUUUGCAUUCGACGUGAGCGAGGAAGAGACGGAGAUAGUCAGGUGGUGGAAAAGCUCUGUGUUGAUUUUGGGACGCAGCGGAACUAGAAAGACGACUUGUUUGGUUUUCAAGUUGCUGGCCGGCUAUCUUACACGGACGGGCGCUGGGAUUUCUGAUCGCACCGACUUUGCACCAGUCAAUUCGGCAGAAAUACAGUUAAACUGGGAGCACCGCAGAGUUGACUUUUCAAAGUUUAAGCGAGCCUAUUGGCCAUCGCUCCCGUUAAACUUAAGGAAGGGAAUCUCAGUCGAACUGGUAUUCGCCGAAAUGAUGGCGGUAAUUAAGGGCGGAAACUACGCUUCUGACUUUCUCCCGUUAACAAAGCAAAGCUAUCUGAAACUUUCCUCUCGACUAGCGCCCACUUUUUUGGAAGGUAGUAAAGAGCGCGAGAGUGUUUGGAAAAUGUACGAGUUAUAUGAGAACCGCCGGCGAGGCCUAGCGGAGUGGGAUGAUUUGGAUAGAUGUAAAGAUAUACGUAUGGGUCUGAAUAAGGAUCGUGAGCUUUUGGAACGGCUGCAAACCGUUAUUGGGGAAUGCUAUGUGGAUGAAGUCCAAGAUCUCCGUGUUGGGGAGGUCGAAAUUUUGUUGCGGGUGGUAGGAAACCCAAGAGGGGUACAUCUGGCUGGUGACACCGCGCAGUGUAUAAGUCGCGAUUCUACUUUCCGGUUCCAAGACGUUAAGGCACUAUUCUUUCAACUUUUUGGGUCAAUGGUCAUUAAAGGAGGGCAUGGGUCUUCAAAAACAGCUGAAGAGAGUUUGGAGAAACCGAGGUUGUUCUUGUUGGCAAAGAAUUAUAGGAGCCACCAAGGGAUUUUAGCUUUGGCAAGUAGUGUGGUUGAUAUUCUCUGGAAAGUGUUCCCUGAUGUGAUAGAUAAACUGCAGCCAGAAGUCGGCAACUACUUGGGUCCGAAACCAAAGCUAUUCAUUGGAUUUUCGUCGGAUAUGUUUUCCAAGAAACUAUUUGGCGCAGUCGAUGUGGUGGAAAAUAUCGCGGAGUUCGGUGCAGAGCAGGUCAUUCUGGUCCGUGAUGAUGAAGCAAGAAAAACUCUGCGGGACGAGAUUGGUACGAUUAAUCUUAUCCUCACAAUUGUAGAGAGCAAGGGGAUGGAGUUUGAUGACGUUCUCCUUUUCAACUACUUCUCUGGAAGCCCAGCGGGUCCAAGCUUCAGAGCUUUGGUCUCCAUGGAGGAGGAUUUAAAAACCAAACAAGGGACAGGACUCUUAGGGUUUGACAGAAGAAAGCAUGCUGUCCUCUCGGCGGAAUUGAGAGGGCUGUAUGUCGCUAUUACUAGACCACGAGCCAGGCUCUGGCUAAUUGAAGAACAUGAUGAAAAUAUAACGGUGAUGGCGAGGCUCUGGAGUAAAGGCCCUGACGGUGGGCUAGUGGAUAUUGUUCUCAGGGGUGAUAAAAAUGCCGCGGAUAUGAUGAGGGAAAUGAGACAAGGCAAAAGCAAUACGCCGGCUGACUGGUACCGGAAGGGCCUUGAAUUCUUGGAGAAAAGGCUUUGGCAUCCUGCCUUGAAAUGUUUUCAGAGUGCUGGAGACUCAAUAGGACAGGGUCUCUCUAAAGCACACAUCUUGGAGCAGAAAGCAAUUGACAUUUGUUACAGAGAAUCUGCCGAGUCUGUGCUAUUAUUCAAACAGGCUGGCACGCUUUUCCGUGAAUCAAACCAUCCAAAACAAGCAUCCAAAUGUUUCGCCACCAUUCACGACUGGAAAUCAGCAGCUGAGGUUUGGAGCAGUACUGAUCACGGUCGUGCUGCUUCCUUUUAUUGUAGGGCGUCUCUUUUUAAGGAAGCAGCAGAACAAUACCAUCUUUGUGGUAACUUCGAAAUGGCAGCGGCAGCAUAUAGUGAAGGGCAAUAUUUCGUCGACCUACUGCAAUACCUCAUUGAUCAUGGUCAUAAAAUGAAGCCUGUGAACUUUCGCAGGCUUUCCAGACUCGUUAACGUGUUAUUUAGAAGCCAAAAGGAUGCUGACAAAGACUUGAAACUUAUGGCAAUAACACUACUGGGUUCAGACUCCGAGAAGGAGGCCUUUUUAAUCCAGUAUGAGAUGACCCGUGAACUAAUACAGCACUAUAUAGCGACAAAGCAAUUCAUGAAGGCCAUUAGUACAUGCCUGAGCUUGGGGGAUUAUGCUCAAGCUAUUCAGAUCAUCGAGUUUAGGGUUUUGGGCAAUAAUCUCGAUAUUGACCUAUUGGAUGAGAUUUUCGGCUGGGCCGACUAG